CCAGACGGCUCAGUUUGAGUUUUACCAGCCGUCGGACCAGUCUGGCAGGAACCGAACAUAGUCCUUAGUCCGUCAUUGAGUCAGUCUUUCGGUACACGUUGAGCCCAGCAGGAGCAGCUCCUUCGAGUGGCCCCGGGAAAUCCGCUCCUCUGUUGCCUAACUGCAGGCGUCUGGCUGUGACUUUUCAGAGGAACCAGACUUCUGUUUGCGGAGUGUUGAAUUAUGUGGUGAUAAAUUGUUGGCAAUUUUGAGCGAUUUUAUGAGAGCUGCUGGUUAACGGCAACUGGGUGUUUUGAUAAGUGGGCUCAUCAGGGAUUUUAAAGCGGUGAAAUAUUUUCGGGAAGUUCGAUGAUUCCGGCAGCAGAAGAGCUAGAAAAAGCGGAAAGAUUGUGAGCGACGGCGUCCGGAGCAAAAGAGUUAUAUGGUUGAUGUAAAAUCAGCUGGUCCCGGGGACAUAAAUUUUUCCACACCGCAUAAAAAGGAAAUCCUGCCCGUUGCUCCUGGUGGAUUCCGGGAGGAAUUUCUGAACCAACCCAAGUCUGUCGAAGCGGGGGAAAGAACCUUGAGCUGGGUUUUUUUUCUCUGAGCCAGUGCGGGAAUAAAAUGAAAAUGUGUUAAGUAGUGGGUUCCCGAAGGUUCCCCCUGGGAGAUCGGGAAUAGUGCAGUUUCUAUCGGGUCGUGGGAUCAUUUUGUGAGUGGGUGGUGGGUGCUGUUGCAUACAUUGAGGAGUUGUGGUGGUGAUAAAGACAUUAAAGUGUGCCCGGAAGGGGUUUCUAGCAUUCUUUCGAGCUCAUUCUUGUAAAAUAAAGUGAAACUAUCUGGGGUAAAGUUUUUAAUCUGAGGGUUAAAGAUUCCAUGAGCUAAGAAAAGUGCAUCUUGGAAGUCAAAUUUUUCUCUCGAUAUCACAAUAUCGUACCAAGGAUCAAUUUCAAAGGUUUCAACGAGCGCCCAUCAGCAAUGAAUAACCAAACCUACCACCGGCUGGAAGUUUCCAUCAAGACCUCCCUUUUCCUCCUUUCCCCGGAAACCUGUCAUUCGAAUCGAUGGACCGCAGGCUCGUUAGCCGUGGAGGAACUUCCUACUGUCCGUACAGUACCGAUUCGAGCUCUUCGACGCAGUCGUACGUAGUGCGGCCCUUCGACACCAUCCGAGCGCUGCACGAAACAAUCGUAUCGCUUCGAACGGCACUCGAAGAAAGCCGACGCGAGAACGAUCGGCUUCAACAGCAGAUCAACGUUCGGGAAGUCGUUGACGAAGGAAAGUCGGCUCGAACGCAGCAAGAAAGAGCGGAACGAGUUUUGAACACCAGUGUAGAUGAAGUAGAAGACGUUAAAGCGGAUCGGAAAUCGAAGCGGCCUAAAAGGCGAAAAGUUAAAUUACCACCUGAAGAGCCGGACCAGUUGAAAGAGGAAGAGGAAAGUUCUCCAACAGAGCAAUCUCCAGAACCCACGAAGUCGGAAUCACCUCGUAAGAAACAUUCCGCAAGGGAUGCCUCAAGUAGUGGAGGUCAUCAGAAAGUUUCUGUAGUUCCGGAUAUUCAGAUCGUUUCACAUCCCAGUAGUGGUCAUUCCGCAAUGGCUUCGCGUAUUGACGUCAAAAUCAAGGUCUCUUCCAACAUCAACGUAGAUGGGAGCAGUUCGGAGGCGGACAGCUCUGAAACCGCCAAGGAAGAGGAAGUCCCGCAGCAACAGGAGCAGAAUUCUUCGGACACUCCCGACGAUGAGGAUAAAACAAUCGGAGAAGAAGAUGAGCAACAGGAAUCGGACGAAAAAGUCACUGUAAAGGAAGAGUUCAUCAAGGGAGAUGCCUCCAACCUGAAGAUCAACUUGACCAAUGAAGAAAACCUUAGCGUGAGGAAGUCAACCGAAGGUAUCAACAUUCGACAGACGUCUUCGGAGAAUCUACACGUAGACGUCGAUCAGCAAAGCAACGCAUCAAAUUCGGAAGGAGACAAUUCGGUUUUCACCGAAGAUGUCACCACACCAGUUGAAGGUGAUCAAGAAGGCGCUACGGGAACUACUGCACCGAAACCCGUGGUACGGUCAAUCAUGAAGAAGAGCGAAUCGGAGAACCAGGAAGAAGUUGACGAUAUUGAGCUUAUAUUCUCGUCGGACGAUCAAAAGGACAUCCUCCAGGAGGAUUUGGUCUCCAUUUCGGACUUCGAACCGUGGCAGGAAGCUGGACAAUCGGGAACACCGGUCCUAACCAACUUCAAGAACAUCCCUUCGGAUCAGGAGUCCUUGAGCAAGAAAAGCUCGCUAGAAACUUCCGAGUCCCGAAAGCAGAAAAGCCUAGAAAGCCAGGAUUCGUUCGGUUCCGAAAACGUUAAAAAGAGUUUAGAUUUCAGUGCAAAAUCAUCCAGCCUGGAGAAGGACUCCAGUCUAGAAUACGGUGCAGGGGAAGUGAAACGGGAUGAUAGUUUCGAUGUUGGAGCUACCAGUGGUUGUGGAGCGAGUGCUUUAGGAAAACGAUGGACCAACUACAAUGUGCUGAUUGAAACGGACAUCAGUAAAUGUGGAAUAGCUGAGGAAAACAUUCUGGAGAUGGGACGACGGAAUACCUGCCCAAACCCACCGGCUUAUAGACCAAUCAUUCACUCGAUGUCCCGGUCUCCGGCGGCUGCCAUCCCCAACCGAAGUCCGCUGGCGGUGAAGUUUUCGCGAAGUCCGCGAACCUACUCGCCCCACCAGUAUCUGCCGCCGGGAAAAACUCUUUGGACGGUGACGUCUGCUUCGGAAGUUCCCGGUGGAGGUCAAGCGUGCGCUUCAACAGGAACUGCUGCCGAUGAGGCCAAACGGUCCCGGGCAGCUCAGACCGAUAUUACGGCACUCUCGCAGCAGUGGCGAUCGGAGACGCACCUCUCCGGGACGGAUUUGGGGGCUGGGUUGUAUACGUUGCCUUCGAAGUUUGUGCCACCAUCUGUCGGUGGGAUGAGGAAGUACACGUUGCGCCCAUCGGAUAAGACCCAGGAGGCGCGCCGGGUGCUGCUGAGUGACAUCAACUUCACCAGCAUGGUCCCGGAGCUGUCCCGAUCGGCGGACCAUCUCUGUCAGCACCAGCAGCAGGACCCCCAGGGAGGACCGGAAGGAGAUGGCGUUGGGGACCGGGAGGAUCCCGAGGAGAACGCCGAGAACCGAUCGCCCAACUACUGCAAGGGCAAUCUGCUGCGGACGCCGGAAACUGUCAAAGGGAUCCCUCCGAGCUACAGCAUGACAUCUCCGGGUGUUUCCCAGUGGACCGUUAACGAGAGUAGCAUCGCGACGCAGACAACCCAAACCGAUGCCGCCUAUUGGGCCGACCGAGGCGAUUCGUUCGAUUCCUCUAAAAGCUACUCACUUGGAUCGCGAUAUUCGACACUGAGCAAACAUCAUCGAUCCCGGAGUGUCCCCUCGAUUCGGUGUGCCAUCUGCCGGCAGAGCCACCAAUCGACGGCCCUCAGACCCUCGGAAAGUAUGCAUUAUACACCGCGAGUCACAUUCCAGGAACCGGCGCACAAAAUCCGAGGAUCCUUGCCGGAUUUGAGACAUGACUGUAACUGUCCGAGACGAUAUGGUGGUCCCUCUCUUUAUAGGAUCCACGGAGAUUCUGGGGGAUCCACGGAUAGUUUGUUGGAGGAGGCUGAGGAUUUCAUGAGACGAUCGAUUGAGGGAAAUAUCAUGAUGGAGGAUCCAGGUGGCCAUUGUGAGCCUCCUCUUCCACCGGUUCCAAUUCAUCACGUCGCCACCGGAUCGGCCAAACAUCGACGAUGCUCGGAGAACGACAUUCAACGAGAUUACAUCCCCUCGAAACAGGCACUGCCAUUCCUGCCAAAAACCGCCAAAUGCCUGAAGCCGGGCCAUCUGGCCAAAGUGAUAGCCCGGAAUGGGCGGGUGGUGGUCGGUCGGGUUCGCUAUAUUGGACCGCUGCUGAGUGCUGCUUCUGGUGGGGGCCUCUCGGAUGUGGAUUCGGUGGAGGAUAGCUACGUGGGACUGCAACUGCCGAACAAUCUGGGGGAUUGCGACGGUACCAUCGAUGGGAAGAAGUUCUUCAAGUGCGAACCUCAACACGGCAUCUUUGUCCCGUUCAAGAAGGUCGUCAUGGCAUGGAACUCCUAAGUAGCAUCCUAGAGGGGGUGGGGAGCGGCAGGACACACUCCUUUCCCAAUCUCCAACCUGCUCGAGCGUUAUUCAACCCGAGCGAGUCACAUGGCGGAUACUGCGACUGAACCGGAACGACAAACAACAAACUUUAGGUACAGUUAGAUCCGUCGGCGGCGAGGUGCACUAAAACUGUGAAAGGAAAGUUAUUCGGAAACUGUGGAAGGAAAAGGAAGGCUUUAAAUUUUCAACUCAGUAUUUGUUGCAGAAAUAAAGUGGAACAUUUGGAAUGGAAUAUUCUAACCGAUAAACAGGGAACAGGAACGUUAAAUGGAGUUUUUUUUUCGGAAUGGCUUAUAUUGUAGAAUGGGACUGUUAAACUAAAUUGUCUCUAUAGGAUUUACUCUUUGACUAUCAAUUGAUGAUGAAAAUAUACUCAUGAAUCUUUAAACGAGCAGCUUCAAGGAUUGACUAAAUAAACAGAAGUAGGGUUUCCAGAUGCAAACAAAGCUUUAGAAAAUACAACAUCAAAAUAAUAUAAAAACAAUAGAGAACUAUAACAGUGAAUGAAAAUUCUAUAUAAUCAUUAUAAAUACUUUCAACAGAAAACAAUAAGCCUAACAGAGAAGUUUAAAAACAAAACUGAAUCAACAGGAAAACCCCUUUGUAAAUUGUUUGACGUUUUAUUGCUAAGGCAGAUGAAAAUACAAAAAAAACUAGGAAGCGAUCAGCCUAAAUGUUAAAUGUUGAUAAAUGUGAUUAACGAGCUAGAUUUUUCACUCUAUUGAAAAAGAAAAAUCGAAACUAUAAGACGGAUACACAACACGAAAAUACCUACAACAUUAAGUUUGACAGUAAUCCAAUUCAAAGGAAAGAAAAUUUAGAUAAAUCAUUGGGACGUUCUGAUAGAUGACAGAUAUUUUUGUAUAACUGUUCAAAUGAUCCCGUUGAAGAUUUUUUUAAAUUUCAAUUCGACAAAUUGAAAAUCAAUAACUUGCUUUAUAAUUUUCGUCAAAUUCAAACAAUUUCCUUAUCUGCGAAUCUGGUCGACAACACCAAAAGUUUUGGAGAAGUUCUGACCAAAUAACUAGAUUUCUGUAGUCGACCAUCAAAUCUAAAUUCCUUAAUCUAAAUGCUAGUCAUUUCAUCUAAUGAGUGUGAUAUACCGGAUAUUUUCCACAGUUCAAUCAGUUUUUCCUCCCCGAAAAAAGUAAAUCACAAGCCUUAAUUUUGCCUACCGUUGGAAAAAAAGUUAUAAAUUUAAAAAUCAAACUGAUAAAACCACAAAAUAUUAUCUAGUCAAGAGUCAAUCUAACGUACUGUAAUAUUGUUGUAUUCUUGAAUGUGUAACUGUAUAGUUCUAAAUUAAAAACAAAACCCAAGUGUUAAGAUUGUACUAUUGAUUUAUUUCUAUGGAUCGUUCUCUAAACUGAGAAACGAAAGAAGCUGUAAGAAUCUUUAACAUAUAUGUAGUUAUUCACAUAGCGAAUCAAGUGUGUGUUGAAUAUUUUGUUCAUAAGAAAAACGCAAAUCAACUGCUAUGGAUUGAACUUUAGAUAAGCAAAUCGGGGUAGAAAAUGACUGGAGAAAAUGGUGAGGACAAACUUAUUUCGGACGGAAUAAACUACGUACAUAUAUUGUAUCA